CUUCGCGCUCACAACGGGUAUGCCUUUUUCAUGCUAGCUCGUCGUUUGUCUUCAUUCUCACUGUGGACACGCUCUUGUGUACGAAACUACUCAGUAGCGAAAUCUGCGAAGUACACGGUCUGCGUCAAUGAUGUGAACGUUAAGGCCCUCGUCUCCGAAGUCUUCGACUUGGUGUUGACUGGACCGCUGUUCCAUGUCACCGACGAUCACAUGCACGAUAGGCGUCGCACCAUCCGCUUGACAUUCCUCCAAGCUCAGGAUGCCGCGCGCUUCUAUGACGACGUGACUGGACACGAUAAAGUCACCAUGUACGAUGAGAAUUUGACCUUUUCUUGAGGGGAGGAGCGGCCCUCGCGGAUCGGAAGUUCCGAGACAAGAGCACUGCUCCUGGAACCAACGCAUGCUUUAGUAGCUGGACUGUCUCGUGCCGAGCUUCUACGGAAGCUGGGCAGAACGUACGGCUUCAUAGAUCAACUCGGCGUGACGCUCAUGGGAGUGAAAGUCAACUUCUUGUCGGUCAAUGCCUGUCGUGAAGCUCGGACAGACCUCAUGAACUUGGGAUGUCACGUCAAGAACCGGCGAGACCGCCGCACCGUCGCACUAAGUUCGAGAGAUGAGGCUCUGAAGAACUUUUCUCGGACUGUCUUGUUGAGAAGAUUGGCUCCGACAGUGAGCUUGGCGGCGCUUGAUCCCCAUAUUCGCGGUGGAUUGGUCGAUCGAAUCAAUAUCGACGAGACAGGUGGCGAGAAAUCUGCCGUGUGUGCAUCUAAUCUAUCGAACCUAUUCCCAACUAAUAUGUCACCAGUAUAUCGACUUCGUCCGGCACUCUGACGCUGCUGCGUUCUUCCGGUACGCUAUAUUCUACGGAUUGUAUCUACACGGCCGCCGCCUGUAACUAACAUUCGUCUCCUACACUAAGCUUAUGCCUCUUUUUCUUCAAGAACGCAUCAAAGGGGGAACGACGCGGUGUCUGUCGGUGAAUGGAUGGCACUCGCCUGAAGAGUUGAAAGCGGUAGUAGAGCGAUACGGGAUAGUGACAUCGGUCCAAAGCAAGCGCGGCGCACCCACCUGCAUUACUUUUCCCCUCAUAUGGGAUUCCUUACGAGCAGAAAGAAACCUUGAGAAUCACACGCACUACCGGACCUCUCUAUUUGUCGACGAUCCAUCAGCAGCACCAUAUGAUAGUCAAAUCCGAGACGCUCGGGCUCUCCAUGCCAACAUCGAGAGUCUCCUACUACCGGCUUAAAAUACCUCAUAGGAAAAUUGUAUGCAUUAUAAUAAUAAUAUGUGCUAAAGAAUACAUAAAUGCGGAAGGAUACACAUUGUUCGCCAGUGUAUUACAUGUUGCAAAGAAAAUAUCUUACUUCCUGGGUCGAAUGUAGGGUAAGGAGCGCGGCGGCGAAAAUUUUGAAGGAGCGUGGGGGUAGUAACGUGGGGUACGAAUUGGGUUACCAGGGUGCUAACCAGAAUAUGAGACUAGACCGAAAACGGCUUCACAGAUAAUAGCGGACCUUAGCUUGAUGCCGAGCCACUGGUGUAGAGACGGGGUCUAUCCCGAACGUGGUCCAUCUUUGGGGAGGAGGCGAGCACUUGAGCUAUCGAUGGGGGCCGACCGCGCUUCAGGUUUGCAGCAUAAGCUGCGGAGGCCGACACCCCACCGGUGGCGGAAGCCGAGGCGUGCCGGUCGACCGUCUUGCUCGCUCUGCGUUCUUGCUUUGCUCGCUGUUUCUCCGAGGCCAGGAUAGCAGCCGCAACAACGGGAUCGCGCGAUUCCGGAAUGGAGCUCAGGGAGCUGACAGUCGUGGCAGGGGUCGAGGGCGUCGUUGUGACAGAUGUCAGCAGGGAUGUAGUGGAUGAAGAGGAGGAUGCUGUUUCAGUUGCGGACAUACGGUAGAAACUGUUGUUCGGGUUCGGGUGUCUCUUGCUUUUGCUGCUGCGUCGCUCCGACGAGGAAUCAGCCGUGCUCGAGCCUUGAAGAGAUUCGGAGCCCGAGUGAGAAUCCUCGGCACCCGAUGCCUGGUGAGACUGCGCGCCGAAAUCAUCAGCACUGCUGGAACGGGUCGGUUUGAUCGUUGACGCCGUGGACUUGAUAGUAUCAGAACUGCCCGGGCGGUUAUUCGUCACAAGCCACGUCAAGCCCUUGAUCUCGUUGUCCUUCCGCGUGGCAUCUUGCUCGAGAGCACCAAUUUUCUUCAACAGAGCAUGUUUCUCGGCAACAUGUGCUUCCGUGAUCUUCAAAAGAUAGCUGGCAAGUUCGUCGAACUGCUGAUUUCUGCGGACGAGCGCCUGCCGUAAUUCUUCUGCGGAGGCGGUCGCCAUGUCAAAGGCGUCUUUCCCAGCAGCAGGCGCAGGCCCGUUGAGUGGUAUAGGGAUCUUCUCAGAUUUGCUCAGCCGACGAGAGGGAACCGUCGCGAUCGGAGAUGUUGGGGGCUUGAAUGGUAACGGGAUCGGUGUCGAGGACAGCGUGUGAGCGCGAGGGCGCCUUAGCGACCUGGCUUCGGACGACGACGGAGGUGUGCCAAGCAGAGUUGGCGAGGGCGGAUCACUGGGAGGCGGUGGGGGCAGCGGUAACGCGGGAGGAAGCGCAAUCACAGACGACUUCAUGAUCGACCUCGGUGCUUUCUCUGCAAACGUAUACGGCAUAGUCGUCGCCAGCGUCCGUCGCUUUUCCACUAUUGGCGUAUGCAUUGGCGGUGACGAUUUCGGUGUGUCUGACAUGACAGCCUCUGAGUCCUCUGCAUCUGUCGAGUCCACGUCAGACUGUUUCAUCGCUGAACCGACGUAUUUGCGCGCCACACGAGAAAUUCGCGAUCGACUAGGUGAUCGGUCACUGACAGGCGAUCCAGUGUAUAUCCGAUCAUCCGACCGAAGUCUCAGCUCCGCAUUUGGGGACGGCGAUUUCGACGUUUCGGAUGUCGGCAGAGUGAAGAGUCCCUCGUAGCCAUCGAGAUUAUCGGGCGAGAGGGAGACAGUGAUGGUCGGACGAGGAGUGCUGGAUCGAUUGUCAGAUGAGGUGGAAUCCAUGGAGGUUCCACGGGAGGAACUGGCCGGCGGUGCAAGGCCUCCGGAGGAGGGAGGAGUUUCGUUAUAAGGUGAUGGUUUGCGUGGGGAAAGACUGAUGAGGCGUUGUCGUGAAGGAACGAAAUGAGCGGCAAUUUUAGAACCAAGGGAUGGUGGAGAUGAGCUCGAGGCAACGGAAGAUCGCUCAGGUGUCUCAUGACGAUGAAGUAGCAGAGGCACCUCUGGUCUGUACGAUUUGUGAGACUGAGGGAGCACAAUCCACCCAGCAACGGACUCACAAAGGCAAUGUCCUCCUCGAAGCCUUGGACACAUUACUGUAUCGCGGUUCUCCCUCCGAUUGUCGAUUGACAUGAGCAGCGGCAGCAACAGCAGCAACAUUGGCAAUGUCGGCGUGCGCCGACUUUUUCCUCUGCCGGCCAAGGAAAGGUAUCAUACUCCGGCGCCGCGGGCUGGAGGACGAUUCGGGUUCUGAGAGGUACGCUGGAGACGAGGAUGCAGUGGACGAGGGGCCAGAUUUGGGGGCGUCGCCGGCGCGAGGUCUAGAACUGUGCCCUCCUACACGGAAGAACUCUGAGAUGUCGGAGGAUUUGGUGUGAAGUCGAGCAGGGGAGGGCGUGCCAGACAUGAUAGGAGAAGGGAUAGAGCGGAGACCCAAGCAGCAUACGACAACGAAGGCGACGCGCUGAAGCGGAGAGAGAGAGUAGUCAAAUAGGCCUGGUGCCGUAAAGACCGUCGUUCCGUUCGCAUAAAAUGGAAAAUAUCCUAUCGGAAACAACUUGAAAUUUGGUUCAUGGUGACAGCGUCACAACACUUCACGAUCGCGUCUAUCUCCAUUAGGACUUGACCUUCGGCUUGCUCUUACGAAGCUGAUCAAAGCUGAUCAAUAUUUCUUCGGAACUCCCGUGGAAUCUUUCGGCGCGUUUCUCUCACCUCGCUCCAGCCUCUAUGCCUUCGUCAGCGUUCAUGACGAAAACUCGGGAACACACCGUCGCCAGGGAUAAAUGCUUUUAUGCAGCAUUCCGAAUGCCUCUGCCAAACUACCGUGCUCAGGGAUACCUUAGUUGAAGAGGAUUCCCAACAAUCUGUUGGAAAACAUAUCAGAAUUCGAAUGCGGAACGCCCACUGUUGGCUUGCUGUCGACCUGUCCUCCAUUCCUCAGGAUCUGAGAACAACGUGCAGUAUCACAUGCCCGGAAGAAACGCGUUCUACAGGCCGAGCAAGCGCAAUGAACGUGGCCCAGUCGCUCGGGCACGAACCCUCGUGGGGGUUCCCUUGCGAAGCCUCGUAGUGCUCCCAAGUUAUUUUCGAAGGUGUGGAACCACCAGACGUGUUCUGUAGAACAUCCUUCCCAUUCUGUUCUCAACAUUCCUUGUACCACACAAACAGAUCAGAAUCCUGACAUUGACAAAGUCUGGCGCUUAGACGGGCGCCGGGCUGAUCAUGUUCUCGCACAGCCUGGAUAUGACGACACUGAUCGCCGUUUGGGCUGCUUGGAGGCUGACGAAGGCUUUGAAGGAGUGCAUGGAUUUCUGAUCUCUUCAGUGGCGAUACCCAAUGUGGAACGGUAUAAUUAAUUGUGUCUUGAUUCUGGAUAAGUAAAGUAUUGAAUCUUCUGUUUGGGGUCUCCGUGAGAAUGAAAGGGCCCGAUACUGUUGUCGAUGUUUAUUAUAUUGGUUCCGACAGCUGCGGCAAGUCUCUCGCGUGGCACGGAACUAUGUAAGUGUCGGUGGACGUUGCAUGCGGCCCGUUUCAUGCUUCAAAGGAACACUGGCCACCCCAGAUCUUCUUUGUGCCACCGUCUGAGGUGGCGCGGGGACUGUUGCUCGAAUCUGCCACGUCGAGGCAGAACGCAGGACCUGACUGACGAAGCGUUCCAGCCCUGUACUUGUAAGCGCGUACACACAAUCGUCGCCUGCGUCAGGAUGAACUGCUAAGCGAGAGGGGCGGCCGACUCUCGGAGAUCGACCCUGUUUUGUUUCAUUCAAAGAAACGGCUCGGCGCACUUAAUCGAGUGACGCCCACCUUUCCUUUGCCCACAGUCCCCGCUGGAGGCAUUUAAUAUCGAUAAUGAAGAGGCGCGGACAAUGCCGAAGACGGCAUCAUCCAAACCUUGGUUAAAUGCAACACGAGACUUGGUGUGGCUUGACACACAAGUAUUGAAGGAUGAACACUCGCAUGGAAGAGAAUUCCUGUGCUGACGGCUCCGCGUCGACGCCUCUCCGAGGCCCGCGUUCAUCCGGUUGACGUUCAAUGACGUUUUCAUGAUGAAGCCAAUGAGACAGCGUCAGCGCGCAUGGAACGACCGGCAGACGCGUUCCAAGCAUCCCCAAGGCUCAUGUGUAACGCCGAAGAACAGAUGAACAGAAUACGAUCUGUCAAAAUCGCGCGGCGCAGACAGAUAUCGACAACCAUGGGACGACGGAGUGGAGUAUAACAUGACCGGUCUGCAUUGUCCUUCAUCUUACUAGAGCAACAGCAGCAGCCGAUUGACGAGGGAUGACCAGCUGAAUGAGAAGAUUCCAACGGUAAGAACGAAUUUGCAGAUCAAUGAUCAUGUAGGAUUUUGGCAGGUGUGAGGCACAACAUCGCAAUAAACUGAACAUGGGCCCAUGCUGAGCAUGCUCUCAAGUGGCCGUCAGCGUGAAAGGAUCCGGCGCUCCGGACCGAGCCUAAGUGCGACACUUUGGUCUUAUUGACCAGUUAUCAACAAAUGAUUGGCAGCCCAUUGGCAACAGCGACUUUGCCGCCUUUGUGUGCUCUUACUAUGUCCAAGGUGGCCCUCGAUGACUUAUACGGAGAUAUCUAUGGCGACGACGACCUCGAACCAUCCACGGGCGAAAUCCAAGGUCUGACAUCGAGCAGCAGCAACGUACCCAGCACAGCGCCUGCAUCCGCACCGACUUCGCUGGUCAGGCAUGACUUGCCUCCCAAGCCCUCGGCUGUACAGAGUUCCCCGCCUUCCUCGUCCUCCAUGCAACCAUCGAAUUCUGCCAACAACAUAUCGUACUCGGCCCAGAUAGCGCAGCAAUUCGCCUCUUAUCAGCAAACACCCAGUCAAGAGCGCCAGCAGCGGCCGGAAAGCGUCGCCAUCCCACAUUCAAUGCCGGCUCGCACCCAGCAGACCUCGGCCAUCCCAACGCAUGGCGCCACAACUUACGAGGCCGGUGAUACCGUAUUCGGGAAGAAACCUUCUGAAAUGCACGAUCACGGACAGAGACUCUACGUUACCUUGAUACUCGCGGUCUUCUCUUUGCUUUCCUUCCAACACGAUACUGAUACCCGUAUCAACUUUCCUUGCGCCUAUCCUUGCUUUGCUACUUCGGAUCUGCCUCUGCUGUGCUCUGCUACCAUCUACACCUUCAAUAGCAAAAUGUUUGUCGGAGGGCUAAACUGGGACACUACAGAUGAGGGCUUAAGGGACUACUUCGCGCAAUUUGGCAAGGUACGGGAUUCCUGUCUAGCACCCGCGGCGAGCUCGGAUUCAACGACGCGCAAGGUCGAUGCGGUCACGAUCAUGCGAGACCCCUCGGGGACUUCAAGGGGAUUCGCGUUCAUGACCUUUGAGGAUGGAGAAGUAGUCCCGACUGUGCUUGGGCGAGAUCAUGUUCUCGAUGGAAAAUCGAUCGACCCUAAGCGGGCGAUCCCUCGGGAAGAGCACAUCCGCAACACGCGAUACUUUGUUGGAGGUCUAUCACCGAACACGACGUCAGAGUCUAUGAAAGACUUUUUUGGUGCUUACGGAAAGGUCGUCGAUGCGACAGUGAUGGUUGAUCGAGAUACCGGCCGUUCCAAGGGCUUUGGCUUUGUGACAUUUGAGGAUGCCACGAAUUCCGAUCAAUUGGUUGGCAAGAUCGGGUUGGUGCUGGAUGAGAAGGAGAUCGAGGUGAAAGCGGCCCAACCGAGGAGUCAGCGUGAUCAGGUGCGGCAGCAACAGCAGACGACGAACGCAUCCUUCAACGACACGAACUCGCGGACCCCGAGCAUCAACCCGCAACAGCAAAUGUCGAUGAUGAUGCAGCGGCAGAUGCCCAUGAUGGCGAAUGCUACAGGCAUGAACAGCAUGGGGAUGGGUAUGGGCAUGGGCAUGGGCAUGAAUCCUAUGAUGGGAAUGGGGAUGGGCAUGAAUCCGAUGGCCAUGAUGGGGAUGGGCAUGAAUCCAAUGAUGGGGAUGGGAAUGGGUGGAAUGAACGGUAUGAUGGGCGGGGGGAUGGGGAUGGGCGCUAUGCGCAUGGGGAUGGGGCCCAUGACUGGCAUGGGAAUGCGGAGUAUGAUGGGACCUGGUGUGGGCCGGAUGGCGGCUAUGAACGCCAACGCCCAGGGUGCAGCGCGAAACAACAUGCGGGGGCAACACAAUUUCCAUCCAUAUUCGAGACCGUCAUAAUGUGAUCUGUUUGUGUCUUGCUCUAUUCUAGUCGGGUGUUGGAGUCAAUUCGAAGCUGUCCUUUUCGCAUCAU